AUGGUUAAGGAAGGAGUGCUUCCUUCUGUUGCCACUUACAAUGUUUUGAUUCAAGUUUUGUGUAAGAAAGAUAGUGUAGAGAAUGCUGUAUUGGUGUUUGAAGAAAUGGUGGGCAAGGGUUAUGUGCCCAAUUCCAUAACGUAUAAUUUGAUGAUCAGAGGAUUGUGUCACGCAGAGAAAAUGGAUAGAGCAAUAGAGUUGUUGGAAAGAAUGAAGCAAGAUGGGUGUGAACCAAAUGUCCAGACCUACAAUAUUCUGAUUAGGUACUUUUGUGAUGCUGGCGAGAUGGAGAAAGGGUUGGAUGUAUUUGAGAAGAUGGGUGUUGGGGAUUGCUUGCCAAACUUAGAUACUUACAAUAUUUUGAUUAAUGCAAUGUUUGUGAGGAAGAGAUCAGAUGAUAUGUUGGUGGCUGGAAAGCUGUUAGUUGAGAUGAUUGAUAGGGGAUUUAUGCCUAGGAGACUGAGUUUCAAUCGAGUUUUGGAUGGGCUUUUGCUUACAGGCCAUCAAAGUUUUGCGAAAGAGAUUUUGAGACUGCAGAGUAGAUGUGGACGUGUUCCGCAGCAGUUCAAACUAUGA